AUCCCUUUCUUCUCUCAUUGUUUGUCGGUUCCAUGUGUGGAAUUCCAAUGUGCCUUUUCGGCAUCAUUUCCGCUGCAAAAAAGAGUAGACAGCUGUUAGUUGUGUACCUUGCAAUCCACACAGUUCUGCUGCUCGCGCAAUUGGCUACCAUACUUGUCUUCUUCGUAAGACCUAACUUUUUCAACGAAACGUUCAGGCAGCUUUUAAAAAAAUCCAUGGAUUAUUACGUCGACGAAGAUUCAGACAACGCAUACACCGUACUGGGGGAUUACAUAAUGAUGACGCAUCAAUGUUGCGGAUUUAACGGUGGUGAGGACUUUAAAAAUUCGAAGUUUUUCAAACGAAAAAACACAAAUGCAACAAUCGAGAUGCCCUUUAACUACCCGUCUGCGUGCUGCAAACCGGUUAAUAAUUCACAGGAGCUGGCAGCAUGUAAGAUUAAUCCCACUACGGAGAACAGUAAUAUUGCCGUUGGGUGUUGGCAGGCAUUUCGACAGCAACUAGCAGAUAAUUUGCGUGUCGUGAUGUACACGUGGAUUGCUAUAAUUGGAGUCCAGGUCAUCAGCCUUUUCGCCUGUAUACUAGCCCUGGUCAUUGACAUUCGAGGAGAAGCUUAUAUGUAUACAUUCGGAAACGAGGCAUGGGCCGAUGUCGUCUCAUUGUGAAUGGUGAAGACGUGAAAAUUGGACCUCGUUUAUCCCGUGUUUGAUCCGAAUAAACUUUGGAGCAAUUCACUUGCGGAAAAAUUUUUGCUGUCUCACCUAUUGCUAGAUUUUUUUGGUAUUUCGUUCAUGCAUUAAUAGAUGCUCUAGCGUGCAGAUUAAAGUGUUUGCCGCAUAU